AUGCCGAGUGCGCAGUUCAAGGUGAACGACCUGGUCUUCCUGCCAUGCCCGGAAGGCAAAGCAGAGGAGGGACCCUUCUUGUCGGGCGUUGUUUGCGAAGCACCGGAGUCUGGCGAUCUGGUCGUCAAGGUCGGUAAGGCGCAGCAGCGCGUCCCAGCAUCGAACCUACGCCGGAGGUUUAUUCGUGAUGAUGGCGCGACCUGCCAAGACAACACCGCCUUGGUGCACCUGAACGAUGCGACGAUCCUGGAAAAUCUGCGAGCACGACAUGAGGCUGAUGAGAUCUACACCUACACAGCCAGCGUGCUCCUUGCAGUGAACCCGUACCAUGAUGUGACCGGGUUGUAUGGCGAGGCACAGUGCGCCCGAUACCGUGGGAAGCACAUCGGAGCACUGCCACCGCAUCCCUACGCAAUCGCAGAUACAGCCUACAGGGCCCUGGUACGAGAUCGCAAGAACCAAGGCUUCAUUAUCUCUGGAGAAAGCGGUGCUGGAAAGACCGAGACGGCAAAAAUUGUCAUGGAGUACUUGGGCUACGUCUCCGGGUCAACCAACCAAAUGACUGCCCAGAUCCAGAGGCGAGUGCUGCAAGCACAGCCGAUCCUGGAGUCAUUUGGAAAUGCGGUUACCAUGAGGAACAACAAUUCCUCGCGCUUCGGAAAGUACAACAGCAUCUUCUUCGAUGAGGAUGGCACAUUGUGCGAUGCCAGCGUUACCACAUACCUCUUGGAAAGCUCUCGGGUCGUCGUGCAUGCGAAGCGCGAAAGGACGUACCACUGCUUCUACGAGAUGCUUAGUGGUUUACCCGAUGAGAAGCUGAAGAAGCUGCACUUGGACAGAGCGAAGUUGUACUUGUUAUUGGCGAACGAGGGCCAGGCAUCAGCCACGCAGGAGGAGACGAGCGAGGAGAAGCGAUUCCAUGCUCAGUUCAAGGAUCUCGACCUCCGCAACUUCAACCGGCUCUGUGUUGCUCUCCGCGAUGUCGGCUUCAGUGAGGAGGAUAUCGACCUGACCUUCCAGGUGCUUGCUGGCCUGGUCCACUUGGGUGACUUAUCCGGGGCCGAGAGGGACGACGGUGCGCCCAGUACGGGGAAGACAGACCUUGGGCCUUGGGAGGGUGUCCUUUCGCAAGAAUCUUUCGAGCAUCGGAUCAGAGGUGGGAGCGGGGGUUGA